GUGCCGGAGCUGUGCGGGGCUGUGCCGGGCUGUGCGGGGCUGUGCGGUGGACGGCUCAGGCUGAGCCCACUAUCGUCUUUAGUGCCAUUUAGCGUUAAUUCCCGUGGAAUAAAUUUGACUCAGGGAAAUAACAAUUAGCACAGACACUGUACAACUUCCCAUGUUCCCACAAGUCUCAGGCUUUCAAACACAAACCCACACGCUUUGUCCCUUUGCAGUUGCUGUUACGCAUCUUGAUUAACGUCGAAGAAAUACAGGGAGGAAAAAUUAUGGGUCUUUAAGGCUGUUACAUGUCACUGGUGUUUCUGUGUUUCCUAACAAGAUUCUUCUUUUCUCCCUGCCCUGACUUUUAAAGGAGCUGAGCUAGGAAAUCUCUUGUCCAAGCCGUACCCUUCUCUGAUUUUUGUGGGAUUGCUGCUCUGCUCUGCAAACCAGAACUCCCUGGAGAAGUGUGCCUGCCUCUGCCUGUGAGCAUCCUACUCGGAGGCCUUACCUUGCUGUUGUGCAACAGCCAAGUGGUGGCAGCUUCCUUCUGUGCUCCGUUUGUGCCUGUGGAAAGAACAGACCCCCCUCUCCUCUAGAUUUGACCUGAACCAAAAAUCCCAGCCUUCUUCAUGGGAGCUAUCUGGCACGUUGGAUUGGUGGUACUUGUCUACAUCUGGUUUCCCAAGGCUGCUGCCCAGAAUCUCAUAAAAAACCCCAGGGACCAGAGAACAGAGCAUACCCUUUUAAUUAAUGAAGUCAAUGCUGACAGCCCAGGAGAGGACACUUCAGAGUUUGUGGAGCUCUAUCACACCAGUGGUCAAACAGCCCGCUUGGAUGGCUACUAUCUGGUCUUCUACAAUGGCAAUGGAAACCGAGCCUACAAAGUUUUGAACCUCCAGGGCAAAGUUACUAACAACCAAGGGCUCUUUCUCAUCGGCUCCUCUUCUGUGAACCCUGCUAUAGUUAUUCCUAAGAACACUAUCCAGAAUGGCCCUGAUGCAAUUGCUGUCUACUAUGGAAAAGGGAACUACAAGGAAGGCAUGAGUGUCACAAGUUAUGGACUGGUAGAUGCUUUGGUCCAUAAGACUAAGACAACAGACAGGGCAGAUACACUGGUCAGGGUACUGACCCCUGGCAGAGAAGCUUUCCUGGAGGAUUCCACCUUCAGGACCGUGGAUGAGUCAAUAGAAAGGUGCCAUGGAGAAGAUUCUCAGUGGAUCUUCCAAGUGGCCAUGCCCACCCCAGGCACAGACAACCACUGCAUGCUGACUUCUCAGCUGAACGCAUCUGCUGUCGUGAUCAGUGAGGUCCUUCCUGCCUCUUCUUCUGAAGAGUUUGAGUUUAUAGAGCUUCAGGGUCCGCACUCCACCCUGCUGAGGGACAUUGUUCUGGUGCUAAUCGAUGGUCGUACCAAAGACAUUUAUUUCACCAUAGACAUUCAUGGCAAAACCUCACUGGAUGGGCUAUUCCUGAUCGGUCCAGCACAAAGCACAGCCCCAGUGGAUCUGACGUUCCCGGAGAACACCAGCCGUCCUGUCCUCGGGGCUGGCCCCAGUGCCAUUGCCCUCUACAGAGGCAACAGCAGCAGUUUUGUCCCGGGGAAGGCGCUGCCGGUGGCCAGCCUGCUGGAUGCCUUUGUGUAUACGAGACACGAGGAGCCGAACCCGGAGCUGCUGGAGAUCCUGACCCCUGGCAGACCUGCCUACAAGGAAAAGCGGCACCCGCUGGGAGGUAUGUCCAUGAGCCAGUGCAGCUGCUGCUCUGUGACCCGGGACUCCUUGUCCUACAUCCCCAGCAGGCCCACCCCUGGCAAGUUCAAUGAUUGCCCCAGCAAACGCUUCAGCCAGACUCUCUCCUUCUGCCUCCAUGUAGCAGAUUGCCAGGAGUGGCUCCUGAAGUCAGAAGACAUCCUGAUGGCUCUGGUCCAGGCCCUUGAUGGAUCCUGCAGCUGUGGAGUCUCUGCUGCCCACUUCAGAGAGCCAAAGGCAGUCUGCCAGGACCUGGGACUUGUGUUCACUACACUACUGACUGCUAAGUCAGAGGACGAGCUAAGCAGCCUGCUGCUAGCCUUCAAGACCUUCCUAGAGACACCCAGACUUCUGAGUUUUGACAGAAGGAACAUCACAGCAGAAAGCUCCUGCUCCAAGGAUAUUAAUGUGCCAGACUUGCCUCCAGGUGUCCCAUCAGAGAUGCCAGAAGGGACUCAAGAGCCCUCUGUGCAAGUGGCCAAGCUACUCAUCAAUGAGGUGAACCCAGACAACCCAGGGGGAGGUGAGGAUGCAGAGUACAUUGAACUCUUCUACACUGGACGGACAUGCUUUGACCUCCAGGGAUACUGGUUGGUCCUCUACAAUGGUAAAAAUAGCCAGGCCUACCGGGUGUUGGACCUCUCUGGACACCACACAGAUGAGCGGGGUUACUUCUUGGUGGGGAGCAGCACUGUGAGGCCAGCACCCACGAUCAGGCUGCCCCCCAACACCAUCCAGAAUGGGGCGGAUGCUGUGGCUCUCUACUACAGCAACAGCACCCGCUACGUGGUGAACAUGGCUGUGACCGCAGAGGGGCUGGUGGAUGCUGUGGUGUACACAUCCCGAAAGGCAGAGAAGGCAGACCAGCUGGUCAAAGUGCUGGUACCAGGGCAGAGCAUCUUGUAUGAAAAUGAUUCUCACAGUACUGAGGACGAGUCUCUGAGCCGCUGCCACAGUUUGAGCACAAAACUCCAGAGCAGCUUCCAGGUGACUGUGGUGACGCCGCUGGGGGAAAACUUCUGCAGCAGCUCCUCGGUGCCUGUUCCUCCUGCUGUCAGCAUCAGCGAGCUGUGCCUGGCCGGCAGCUCUACCCCCUACCGCUUUGUUGAGCUGGAGGGGAAGCCUGGCAGCAGCCUGGCAGGGCUCAGCCUGGUCUUCUUCUCAGGGAAGGAGGGCAAGGCACGUGCCAGCGUCCCACUGAAGGGCACCAUCGGAGCCACGGGGCUGUUUGUGUUUGCACUGGAUGGAGAGCAUGGGCACGAUGGGACAAACCUGACUUUCAAGGACAUCUCUGCUGCUAGUGAAGCUUCCAGCGCUAUUGCUGUGUACAGCACCAGCUUGAUUCCUAGUGGCGUGAAGGCGACAUCAGAGCACUUGGUGGAUGCUUUGGUUUACAUGUGUGAGCCCAGCACAGCUGGAGGACACUUGGACUUCCUUGGACCAUCUUACACUGUGCCCUGCAAGGCUGACAGCUGAACAAUUCACUAGCACUGCGAUGGGAAGCAGACAGGAGGGUAGCACACAGCAGUGGAAAAUGUUUCCCCACCCUUGGUGUAGGGAAUUGAACUUUGUUCCUCCACUGCUCACUUCACUUGCUUCCCCCAAGGGAUAUGUAUGGCGCGACAUGAAGGAAUGCAGCCUUUACAGAUAGCUGCUGUAUAUGCUUCUUUUCAAAACUUUUUCUUUGAAAAAACCCAACCAAACAACACACCAAACAAAAAAGAAUAUCCCUGUGAGCAGCCAAACAGAACAAAACCUUACUUCCCUUUCACUCCCAGGUGGAGUCAACAACACAUAGGACCGAGCCUUCCUCUUGGUGGGAAUACUAGCAGAGUGCCUCCUGUCCACAAGAGCACGUCUGUUAAUUAAAUUUGUCAUCCUCAAGUCCUCUCCCCAGGUGUCCCAUCUGGUGUGACAACCUGGAAGUUCUGCGUUCACAGCCUCCCCUACGAGCAUGCAUGCACAGGGUGCAACCCCACGUGUGUGGUUGUCCUGGGAAACUGCGAUCUCCAGGGCAGCAGUUCAGUGGGAGAGCUCACACGGGCUGGCUCCAGGCAGCCUCUGUCAGUCCAGUCCUGAAUGACCGCAUUCAGAAAAGCUGGUCCCUCACACCGUGACCAAGUUCCUAAGCCCUGGUGUGGGGAUGGAAGCAAAUGGUUCAGUGAAAUGCAGGGGCAGGUAUUGUGUAGCUUGGAAAACUCAUUAUACUGGAGGACAAACUUAAUUUUGGGAGGCUGGGUGUAAUGAGGCAGCAAUGUUACUCCUGCAGAUACCUGUCAGACCAAUUAGGUUUGCUCUGGCCAAGCCCAGGUCGUCUCCAGGUGGUGGGGUUGGCUGGCCCCAUCUCUGUGAUGGCUCUGUGAAGGCUGAUCUCAAGCUCCAGCUCCAACAAACCCUCCGUCAGCUGCAGCAGUGUCAGGAACUGGGGCCUUGGGGGGCUUGUGGUUGGAGGUGGGAAGAAUGGUACAUGCCGUGUUGGUGAGCUCUAACCUCCUCUUC